AUGGUCCCCGUGCCCCAAAACUCCUCCACCAUCUCCUGCCAAGCGUUUGGCCCCGGAACUGAGUCCACGUGUAACAUCCCCGUCCUGGAGGAGGUCAAGAGGGCGUGUGGGGACCCCAAGGGCACCCAGCAGCUGCUGAAGGCCGCCUGCGCCCGGCCCACGGAGAGAAACCUGCAGGCCGUGCUGCAGAACCUGCGGAAGGAGGCGAUCGAGAAUCUCAACUCCAACUCCACCAAGCUCCUGCUGCUGAGCACCGAAGCCCUCGUGUUGCAGGCGGCCCUCAAUCGCCCCGGCUCCGGCCCCCAAAACUUCAGCACCUCCAUCAUGGAGGCCGUGGUGGAGGUGGUGCGUGACGACUGCCCCCAGACCCCGUUGGUGCUGGCGGUGGGCGAGGAGAACCUGACCAUCAGCUGCCGUGAGGUGGUGAGCAACACCCAGGCAGGCAAUCGCGCGGUGGCCUUCAUCGUCUACAAGGACGCGGAGGAUUUCCUGAGCAACAUCACGGAGCUGCGCCGGGGAAAGCUCAACUCCCGCGUGGUCAGCGGCACCGUGGGGAAACCAGGCGUCACCUUCAACAUCGCCUUCAACAUGACCCUGCAGCACCUGACGGCGCUCCAGGCGGGCAAGGAGCCGCGCUGCGUGUCCUGGCAGAAGGUGGGCACCAAAGGCCGCUGGACACCCUCGGGUUGCACCCGUGUAGGGGGUGAUGCCUUCCACUCCAUCUGCACCUGCACCCACUUCUCCACCUUCGCCAUCCUCAUGGCCAUCCACCCCAUCACGGAGAGCUUCGCGCUGAUGGUGGUGACCUACGUAGGGAUGUCGGUGUCGCUGGUCUGCCUCUUCCUCGCCAUCAUCACCUUCCUCCUGUGCCGCUCGCUCUGGAGCGUCAGCGUCACCCUCCACCUGCAGCUCAGCAUCUGCCUCUUUGCUGCCGACCUCCUCUUCCUCGUGGCCGUGCCCCACACGGCCAACAAGCUGGCGUGUGCCGUCACGGCGGGCUUCCUCCACUACCUCUUCCUCGCCUGCUUCGCCUGGAUGUUCCUGGAGGGUUUGCACCUCUUCCUCACCAUCAGGAACCUGCGGGUCCUCAACUACACCAGCGCCAGUCGCUUCAGGAAAAGAUAUAUCUACCCCGUCGGCUACGGCACGCCGGCCAUCGUGGUGGCCGUCUCUGCCACCGUCCACCCCAGCGGCUACGGCACUGAGGACUACUGCUGGCUGAGCAUGGAGGAAGGUUUCAUCUGGAGUUUCCUCGGCCCCGUCUGUGUCAUCAUCCUGGUUAAUUUGCUAUUUUUUCUCACCACCCUCUGGAUGCUGCGGGACAAACUCACCUCCCUCAACGCUGAUGUCACGGCCCUAAAAAAUACCCGGCUGAUGACAUUCAAGGCGCUGGCGCAGAUCUGUAUCCUGGGCUGCACGUGGUGUCUGGGCUUGCUGCAGGCGCAGGGGGACAAUAUAGUGGUGGCCUUCGUCUUCACCAUCGUCAACAGCCUGCAGGGAGCCUUCAUCUUCCUCGUGCACUGCGUCCUCAACCGGCAGGUGACGGAGCAGUAUCGGCGCUGGUUUCGGGCAUUGGGGCGACGACCGCAGCACUCCGAGAUGCCCACCACCGAGAUACACGUCACCUAUGUCACGGAAGGGGAGAGGCCUCACAGCCACAGCACCGAGGGCUGCGUGUGGGAGAAUUGA